AUGACCUACGUAUACCCUUUCAGCCCAAUAAUAACGGACACGGAAGUCCGCCAUUCCAUCAACAAGAUGGACACAGAAAGAGAACAUGCAGCCUUCGUCUACGCCUUCACAGCAGUAACACUGGACUUAACACGGGCAUCCCAAUCCCACUGUGCUUCACCACCCUCAACAACAUCAACAUCAACGCAAAUCUCCGAACUCCUCCGCCAAUCAGUGGAAUCCCAACAACCACUCUCAAUAGGCUUCCGCCCCUCAAUCCUACGCGCCAUGACAAGCAUCUUCAUCCAAAUGUGCUCGAUGAGCCAGGGCCACUACGACCUAGGCUUCUUCUACCUCCGCGAAGCAAUAACAAUGAUCCAAAUCCUAGGCGUAGACAAAACAACCAACCUCUCCGACCUGGACAUAACAGAGCGCGCUCGCCGCCAACGUCUCUACUGGCAAUGUUUCAUCCACGAGCGUUUCAUGUCGAUUGUAUACUUCUCGCCUGUGACAUUGCCUCCGCACGCGCAGUUCCCCGAGGAAGAUCCUGUCUCGCUUUCGCUUGGCGUUGGUAUCCAGCAAGGCUGGACGCAGGUUAUCAAGACGUUUUGUAUGCUUGAUGCUUCGUUUAUUAGUCUUUGGAUUGGGGAUCGGUCGCAGGUUACUGCGUCUUGGGUGGAGGCUAAGCAUCGUGAGCUUGAUGAUAAGCUUUGGGAAUUGGAGGUUUCAACCUUGAGUGAGCUUCAGCAGGCUGAUCUUGUUGUUACGAGGCAGUGGAUGCGGACUUUGCUUUGGCAGAUGGCCAUGUCGAAUUGUUUGUUGUCUAGUCAUGCUUCGUGUCCUUCUUUGGAGCUGGAAAUGCCUUUGCAGUUGUCUAGUCAGCUCAGGGGGUUUUUGACUAAGAUCUCGCAGAAUACUAUUCGCGUGCAUGGCUCGUCGAUGAUUAGCAAGCUGUUGGAGAUUAUUAAUACCAUUGCUGAUGUUGUGAUUCAUGUUCCGCAGGCGACGCGUGAGGAGACGACUUGUCGCAUUGAUGAUAUUGUUUUCAUGCAGGGUGUUGUUCUUUCGUUUCAUAAUUUGCAGGUCAUGUCGAAGAAUAUUCUGUUGGAUAAGUUUCGGGUCAUUCGGGCGAGGUUUUCACAUAUCGAGGUUGCUUCGCAGUUGGCUGUUUAG